GCGGUGGUGGGCUCCGGGAGGAAGAGGAGGAGGCAGCAGACGCCAUUUCCGCGGGGCGGGAGGCCGGAAGGUUCCAGAGGGGCCGCGGAGCCGCCGCUAGGGAGGCGCAGCGACGCGCAGCACCGCUCGCGACAUGGCCGCCGCGCGCGAGGAGUUGCAGAAAGAUUUGGAAGAGGUUAAAGAAUUGCUUACGAAAGCCAUGAGGAAGCGGCUUCGCGAUGUGCUGGUGACAGAAAAGCACAAGCUAGAGCUAGAAAUCAAGAAUCAGCCUCUACCAAAACCAAAAGAUGUGGUAGAAGAAGAAAAGUCAUCACUGGGAGGGUACACGGUGAAAAUAAACAAUUAUGGUUGGGAUCAGUCAGAUAAGUUUAUUAAGAUUUACAUCUCUUUAAAUGGAGUUCAGAAGCUCCCAGCUGAGAAUGUGCAGGUGAAUUUCACAGAGAGGUCGUUUGAUCUUCUAGUUAAGAAUCUGAAUGGGAAGAACUACACCAUGACCUUCAACAACCUCCUGAAACCCAUCUCUGUGGAAGGCAGCUCUAGGAAGAUAAAGACGGACACAGUCCUUGUGAUGUGUAAGAAGAAGCGGGAGGAAAAAUGGGAAUGUCUUACUCAAGUGGAAAAAGAAAGCAAAGAGAAAGAGAAGGCUGCCUAUGACACCUCAGAUCCUAGUGAAGGGCUUAUGAACCUUUUAAAAAAGAUGUAUGCAGAAGGGGAUGAUGAAAUGAAGCGCACCAUCAACAAGGCCUGGGUUGAAAGCAGAGAAAAGCAAUCCAAAGGAGACAUUCCAAUGGAUAUUUGAAAGUACUCUAAGGGCCGCCUUAAUAUUGAUCUUCCAUGUGAGACUCACUGUGCUGCAAAGAUCAUUGUUUACACAACCUUCUUCCAAGCAAAGACAGUCAUUUUCCAUUUCAGGUUGGAGAAAAUAUUUAAAUAAAAUAGCUUAUAAAGCGUUUCCUUCAGUCAAGUGGCUCACCAUCUCCUGAAGAGUGGAGUGUAGGUAAAUCCUUACCCCUCCCUGAAAAAGCAUCUUAGAUGAGUGGAGUCUUUUCUGAAACUGAGAACAGAAUGUAAAAGAAAAGGAAUCCUAAACUAAGACGGGUCAAGGCCUCUCUGUUGCAAGUGACAAUGGUACCCGUCUGGUUAUUGGGACUAAUGUCAUGCUAACUGCCGGGGUGGGUUUUCUGAUUCCAUGUGGGAAAGCAUGUUGAACAGUAAAAUGCGAUAAAUGCUGAAGAAAGUUGAACCACUAUCUCAAGACAGUGCACUUGCUAUUACAGGGAAAAAAAAAAAAAAGAUGUUUAUGAUGUGGUAUUAAAAUUGAACGAUUAGUUAGAAAUUAAUUACUGCCUGUUUAACCUCUUACGGCUUUUGAAAAUGAAAACAGCUCUUAAGCCUCUGUGCUAAUUCUGACCUCCUUGGGGUGUCUUUGAGAUGGCAUCAGUCGCAGGAGAGCAGUGAGCUGCUGAUGCUAGCUAGUGAGUUCACCCUGGCUCUAGCAGUAUAUAAUGAAAAGAGCCAAGCUUCAUUAUCUCCUAUCAACUUUGAGGAAUUUUAAGGUAACAAAGUAGUAUAUUAAGAUAGCUUAUGCUCCCAAAUUUGACAAAAGUGAAGGUGAUGGGUUGCUCUUAACAUGCUGCCUAUGUCUUCCAUCUGAUGGUAGUACGAGUUGGCCUAUUUAAUUGCAGCCUCUCCCUGCUACUGCAAGGGACAGAGUAGCCAUUUCCUCUUUAUUGCCCUGCUUUGAAGAAGAGUACAUGGCAAACAUGAACUUAGCAGCAGGCUUGGUUGGGGUUGUUGUUUCCUUCCUGCUUCCUUCUCAUGUCUUUCCUGAGGACAAAUUUAUUUGAUGUUACCUGCCAAAUUAAUCAAGCCAUUACUCUCCUAUUGUGGUCUGGACUUAAUUGCUACUUUGUAAUUAAAGAACUGGACCAAGAUCUGCACUGUAAGUAGGAGAGGAAUAUUAGCAUGUUGUAGUUUCUAAUAGGUCCUUUAUCCAGUCUUUGUCUGUUUGUACAUGUAUUAAGUUUGCAUAGGUAUCUAAACCUAAGGUCAUGUUUUAUUUUUCAGUUCAUGCUCCUUGUUCAUGGUGGAAUACUACUUUGCCCUGUUCCGCAGUUUCACUUAUGCUUUUACCCAAAUUACCAUCGUGAACACAGUCGUAUGGUGACAAAAAAAAGUGCUUAAAUGA